AUGUUUGGUCUCCUCAUCUCUGGUCGUCCGAUAGACGCGCAACCACAAGCCAUCUCGCCGACACAAUAUGCCUUCCAGGUCCCGUCGCAGCCAGCCUUUAACCACAUUGCCGUCUUUUCUCUUCCGGGCAAUGAGCUGCCACCCGAUGCCGCUGCCGCCAUCUUCAUUCAGAUACCACCAUCGACCGAAUUCAAACUGGUUGGCGCAUUGUCGUCAUUGAGGCCUUCGACAAUGUUCAAGAUCAACGCGGGCAACAGUGUCGCGUCAGGCGCGGGAGACGAUCAGCUCAUGUUGGAUGAGACUCCAGAAGGCGUGACAAUAGGAGGACCUGCCAUCGUUGUUGGUAUCGAGAUACAGCCUGCCGAGCAGGUCAAAGCCUUGUUGGCAGAGCAGAAAGCAAAGUCGUCGACACAACUGGUGCCAUCGAGACAACCAGCCACCGCCUCCCCAGUCACAACAAAAGUUCUCGCACAGCGCAUCAUUGCCAACGCUUUCAAUUUUCUUGCGUCAUUUGGUAGCGACACUGUGCCGCUCAAGGCCUUUGAAGCCUGGUGGACAAAGUUCGAGAGCAAGGUCAAUAACGAUCCGAGUUUCCUCGAGCGUCCUCAAGAUUGA